AUGGCGACGACUUCUAACAUGUUCCUGUAUUCUCUCACCAUCCAAGCCCCUACCACUAUCAACCAGGCCAUACUGGGCCAGUUUAGUGGCACCAAGGAACAGCAGAUUGUCGUCGCUUCAGGAUCACGGCUCACGCUGCUGCGUCCCGAUCCGUCCCAGGGUAGAGUUAUCACCAUCCUCUCUCAAGAUGUAUUCGGCAUUAUCAGGUCAAUUGCCGCCUUUCGGCUUGCAGGAAGCAGCAAGGACUACAUAAUUCUUGCUACCGACUCUGGUCGCAUUGCCAUUGUCGAGUACAUCCCGCAACAAAACAAGUUUGUCCGCGAUAAGCUUGAAACGUUUGGAAAGUCUGGCGUCCGUCGAGUUGUUCCGGGACAAUAUCUGGCGACGGACCCGAAAGGUAGAGCAUGUCUCAUCGCGUCUAUAGAGAAGAACAAGCUGGUCUACGUCCUGAACAGGAACUCGCAGGCCGAGCUUACCAUAUCAUCGCCCCUUGAAGCACACAAGGCCGGUACCGUGGUGCUCUCUAUGGUCGCGUUAGAUGUGGGGUAUGCGAAUCCUGUUUUCGCCGCGUUGGAGAUCGAUUACACAGAGUCGGAUCAGGAUCCAACCGGCGACGCCCUUCAGGAGAUCGAGACACAGCUUGUCUAUUACGAGUUGGAUCUCGGCUUGAACCACGUUGUUCGAAAGUGGAGCGAUGCUGUUGACCCCAGUGCCUCGAUGCUUUUCCAGGUUCCUGGUGGCAAUGAUGGGCCCAGUGGUGUCUUGGUUUGUGGCGAAGAGAACAUCACCUACCGUCACUCCAACCAAGAGUCAUUCCGUGUCCCCGUACCGAGACGGAAAGGCGCGACAGAAGAUCCCAACCGAAAACGGACCAUCGUUUCUGGCGUCAUGCAUAAGCUCAAAGGAAGUGCUGGUGCCUUCUUUUUCCUUCUCCAAAGCGAGGAUGGAGACUUGUUCAAAGUUACUAUCGACAUGGCCGAAGACGACGAGGGGAAUGCGACGGGCGAAGUGCGAAGACUAAAAGUCAAGUACUUCGAUACUGUCCCCGUCUCGACGAGUCUAUGCAUUCUCAAGAGUGGUUUUCUGUUCGUCGCCAGCGAGUUUGGUAACCAUCACUUCUUCCAAUUUGAGAAGUUGGGUGAUGAUGACGAUGAACUCGAGUUUUCGAGCGACGACUACCCCACGGAUGCCAAAGCAUCAUAUACACCUGCCUACUUCUACCCGAGGCCUGCAGACAACUUGAGUCUCGUGGAGAGCAUCGACUCGAUGAAUCCCCUUAUCGACUGCAAAGUCGCGAAUCUCACCACUGAUGAUGCCCCGCAAAUCUACAGUAUAUGUGGAAACGGUGCACGAAGCACCUUUAGGACAUUGAAACAUGGCCUUGAGGUGAACGAGAUCGUUGCUUCAGAGCUGCCAGGUAUACCAUCAGCAGUCUGGACUACGAAGGUGCAGAGGAGCGAUCAAUACGACGCCUACAUUGUGCUUUCGUUCAGCAACGGCACAUUGGUCCUCAGCAUCGGCGAGACCGUUGAAGAGGUUACAGACACCGGAUUCCUAUCAUCUGUCCCAACUUUGGCUGUCCAGCAACUUGGGGAGGAUGGACUGCUUCAAGUGCAUCCCAAGGGAAUCAGGCAUAUUCGUAAUGGACAAGUGAAUGAGUGGGCAGCCCCACAACAUCGUUCAAUCGUGGCUGCAUCUACCAACGCGCGGCAAGUGGCGGUCGCCCUCAGCUCUGGUGAGAUCGUCUAUUUCGAGAUGGAUGCAGAUGGGUCCCUCGCGGAGUAUGAUGAAAAGAAAGAGAUGUUUGGCACUGUCACCUGCUUGAGCUUGGGCGAAGUGCCGGAAGGUCGACUAAGGAGCUCGUUCUUGGCUGUGGGUUGUGAUGAUAGCACAGUGCGCGUGCUCAGCUUGGAUCCCGAAACGACCUUGGAAAGCAAGUCGGUGCAAGCUCUGACCGCAGCGCCGUCUGCCUUGUCCAUCAUAUCUAUGGAGGACUCCUCCUUUGGUGGAUCGACCCUUUAUCUUCAUAUCGGUCUCAACUCAGGAGUUUACUUGCGCACUGUCCUUGACGAGAUCACUGGAGAGUUGACAGACACUCGCCAAAAAUUUUUGGGACCGAGGCCGGUCAAGCUUUUUCAGGUGUCUAUUCAAGGGCAAACUUGUGUUUUGGCCCUCAGUACGAGGACAUGGCUAGGUUAUUUGGAACCGCUUUCGAAGGCCUUCAUGAUGACGCCGCUUGAUUAUGGCGACUUGGCUUGGGGAUGGAAUUUCAGCAGUGAACAAUGUGAGGAAGGCAUGGUAGGAAUCCAAGGCCAAAACCUGCGCAUAUUCUCCAUUGACAAGCUUGGAGACACUUUGCUCCAAAAGUCAAUCCCAUUGACAUACACACCAAAGCGUUUGGUCAAACACCCAGACCAGCCUUAUUUUUACACCAUCGAGUCCGAAAACAACACAUUGCCUCCUGAACUACGUGCCCAACUAUUGGCAGAUCCAGCCAUCGUCAAUGGGGAUGCGCGGGUACUACCACCAGAGGAGUUUGGAUACCCCAGGGGCUCUGGUCGAUGGGCGUCCUGCAUCAGUGUUAUUGAUCCUUUGAAUGAGAAAAGAGUACUCCAAACCCUGCACCUCGAGGACAAUGAGGCUGCCGUGAGUGUGGCCACGGUCUCUUUUGCCAGUCAGGACAACGAGACAUUCCUGGUGGUUGGAACUGGUAAAGACAUGAUAUUGAGUCCGCGACAGUUCGCCGCCGGAUUCAUUCAUGUUUAUCGGUUCCGCGAAGGUGGCCCAGAAAUUGAGUUCAUCCACAAGACCAAGGUCGAAGAGCCGCCUAUGGCAUUGAUCCAGUUCCAGGGCCGUCUACUUGCAGGCAUCGGGAAGACACUGAGGGCUUACGACCUAGGGUUAAGACAACUCCUUCGAAAGGCGCAAGCAGAGGUCGCUCCACAACUUAUCGUCUCUCUUCAAACCCAAGGUAGCCGCAUUAUUGUUGGUGAUGUGCAACAGAGCGUUACCUACGUUGUAUACAAGUUUGAGAGCAAUAAGCUGAUUCCUUUCGCCGACGACACAAUUCCUCGAUGGACCAACUGCACUGCAAUGGUUGAUUACGAAUCCGUCGCUGGCGGCGACAAAUUUGGCAACAUUUGGAUUGUUCGUUGUCCAGAAAAGGCCAGUAUUGAAGCGGAUGAGGAGGGAGCUGGAGCCCAUCUCCAGUCUGCCAGAGAGUAUCUUCACGGUGCAAAUCAUCGCGUCAGCCUGAUGACGCAUUUUUACACACAAGACGUACCAACAAGCAUCAGCAAAACCAAUCUGGUCGUUGGUGGUCAGGAUGUCUUGCUCUGGAGCGGAAUCCAGGGUACCAUCGGCGUGUUUAUCCCCCUCGUCAGUCGUGAGGAUGCCGACUUCUUCCAGAGCCUCGAAUCGCACAUGCGCUCCGAGGAUCCUCCUCUGGCUGGCCGAGACCAUCUGAUCUACAGAGGGUACUACGUCCCUGUCAAGGGCGUCAUUGAUGGCGAUCUCUGCGAGCGUUUCGCGCUUUUGCACAAUGACAAGAAGCAGACGAUUGCCGGGGAGUUAGACCGGUCCGUCCGAGAAAUAGAGCGGAAGAUUUCGGAUAUUCGUACACGAUCUGCUUUCUAA